AUGGGUAUGCGGGAUUUCACCGUCUCCAACUCCAGUCCAAACGAAACGCUUGAACGAUUCCAGUCUCACGAAGCUACUUACUUGUUUGGCCUCGGCCUGCGCCUCUCGUACUUGCGCCACGUUAUCAACGAGCAUGGCGGAGAAGCUGCGUUUGCCGGCAAGACGACAGCCCAAGUUGCCAACGACCCAACGACCGCCGCCUACGUCGCGCCGGCCAACUGCGCUUCUUCGCCGACCGGUCUUGCCGACGACGCCGUCCUUUGGUUUUGCGUCUUCAACAACAACCAGCACCUCGCGAGCUCGUACCCGUUCGAGUACUGGUCGUCAACGUUCAAGAACGGUCUCGCAGCCAUCGGCAACGUGGUCAUGAUCAUGCACCCGUGGAACGACCCGAUCGUGCUUCGUCGAAGCUGGUGCGUCUUUGCGUUCUACGUCGCGGUGACACUGGGCGCGCGCUUUGAGAUUGCACUGGCGCGAGAUCAAGAAGCCACGUUUCUCAACGACAUUGCAGACUUUGACGCGUUCAAUAAGAUGCUGGCGACGAUCAAGAGCGAGGACUCGGAGGCGACCGUGGCUUCGGAUCGCGAUGUGGACCGGCUCAUUUUGUUAACGUUGACGCGCUGGAUCGAGCCAACGCUCGAGCUCGGUCUUCUCUUCGACGCGUUGCAUCAACACAAGGAGCGCGAGCGCUGCUUCCAAGACGCACUGCGUUUGCGCCUCAAGACGCACGGACCGAUGGACGCUGACACUCUCUUGUUGCUGUCGCUGGUCGCAUUUGCGAUGGUCCAAGCCAACAAGCCUCGGCGUAGUUGGGAAACCCUCUUUCAAUCGACACUGGGCGCGUCAUUGACGCACCUCGGCGAGACGCACCCCACGACGCUCGCAACACGCGCCAAAGACGAAAGACGGAGUUUUGACUCGUUAUUUUGGCCCUACGUGGCGCACAAAUACGCAUUUGGUUGA